AUGGAGGACGGCAAGCACAUUGACCCCCGCACCAGGGUCGAAUGCACCCAACCCGAGAAGGUGCUGGAUUUCCGUGCCUGUCCAGUCAAAGGGGGUGCCAAGCGACCACCCAAGAAUGAUGAUAUACGUAAGGUCGUGACCAAGGCCCUUGCCGACCGUGGCGUGCCUCAACCUGCCUUGCCGGCCCGUGUUGCGUGUGUCCUCAGCAACGUUGAUCCGGCUCACCUACGCACCCACCUGCAUGAGCCCAGCCACAAUUUCUGGUCCUCGCUCAAAAAGCUUGCAUCGGACGCCAAGAUCCGUCUCAUCACACCGACCGAGUUGAAGGAGUGGCAGCAGACCUUGCGCAAGCGCAAGCAGUCCGAGGGCCCCAGCCAGGGGUCCAGCAGCUCCCAUGCUAACAGCAUCAGAGCCAUUGAUGUGGCCACCAUCACCAUCGACCUGCAGUCCUUCAAAGCAGAAGGAUCCAAGGUCUCAUACCUUGCCCCUGAGAGAUUCGGCCCUGACCAAGAGGGCCUCGCCAUCAUGACCAAGGCCGCAGCGGAAGCCUUCCUGCCUGCCAGCCGCAUCAGCGCAGGCCCUCUGGCCAUUGCAAUCGUUGACACCAAGCCAAUUGCAGGGCUUCAGCAGUUCAUGGCUCCUGCGUUCAAUCACGAGGAUCAACCCGUUCUCGUUCCCACCUGCCUUGGAAAUGCGGGCAUCUUCCUCACACCAAAGGGAGACGACAAGAAGCCGCACCAAGCCUUCGCCAUCAUUCCCCUCCCUACUGCCUCCCUGGAUGAUGCCGUUGCUAAAGCAACCAGUGACCCCAACAUCCUUGGUGUCGUUGAGCACUCGCAGCAUUUUGCCCUCCGUUGCAGGCGUGAGAACCUUCAGAAGGUGCGCAAAAUCCUCACCCCCGAAAGCCUGUUCGUCCCAGAAGGUGAGAUGCCGCCGGACUCGGAGGCCUUCCAUCUCAAGCACCUUACCGAUCACACAACCCCGGAAGCGCUGACCGCUGCCCUCGCACAACUGGGCUAG